CCUAUCGACUCCAUGUUUAAACUAAGCAACGCGCCAUUUUCGUUGUUGUUUACGUUUGUGUGCGAAACAACUGCAAAAGGACGACGCGGAAUGGACAAAAGCGGCGGCAGCUUGGGCAAUGGCAGCUCCAUGGACCAGAACUCUCUGGGAAUUUUGAACAUGGACAAUCUCAAGGUCUUCGGUGACCUUUCCAGCUUUAGCAAGAGCCCACGCAGGAGCCCGGCCAGCCGGGAGACGUCCGGAGUCCACGAGCGUUUGCGUGCAGAGCGCAUGCGCGCCUUGGAGACUUUGGAAAAGCCCCGACCAUUGCGCCCCAGUCAAGCCAAGGCGAACUCUGCUGCUCCGGCAGAUGUGCCUCGAACAGCACGUCCCAGCCAAGCAAAGGCGGCCUCCAUUGGCAUGAAACCACGCUCCAGCACGAAUAUCUCGGAGAUGGUUACGGAUGAGACCAUCGAUCUGAACAGCAGCGGCUCCUUUGCUCUGGUUACGCCCGCCCAGAAGGGCACCAAUAUCUCCUUUGAGCCCGCCGAGAUCACCGGCAGGUCGACGCUCUGCCAGGGCGAGAAACAGCGCCGCAGGGCAGAGAAGCCCUCGCUUUCUGUAGCCGAGAUACUCAAGUCCUCGUUUGUGGAGAAGGCUCGGCUGCUGGAGAAGAAGCUGCAGGAUACCAGUCAGCUGGAGGCCAGCUAUCAUCUAUCGCGGGUGAAUUCCAGCAGCCUCACCGACUCCUUUAACUGCUCGCGCAGCUUACCUCGCACUGCGGAUAUGAGUGACCUCAGUUUGAACGGCGGCGGCGGAUUCUCCUUUGGCUCUGUAUCAGCGGCAGGCGCUGGUCAAGGCCUUCAGCUGGACGAGAGCUUUGCGCCCGCUGAGCUGAUGCAGUCUAAGCUAGUGCUGGGCGAGAUCUCCUGGGCGCAGGAGUUCACCGCCAUGCCGACGGCCACAAUGAGCACGCAGGCGAUGCAGAAGAUAGCUGCCCCGCCGCCCACAUCGGACAUAGAGACCUCCGUGUCCAACUCGGUUUUGGCCGGUGAUCCGGACUUCUCGUUGGGCAACUACUUCCAGACGCGCUCAGAGAAUAUCUGGAACAUUGUCAACAAUGAUAGCCCCGAUAGGUCGCGCCCUGCUCCUCCCUUAAUGGAACAGAAUCGCAAUCAGUCGCUCGACAACGUCGGCUUGAAGACACCGCAGCCGGACAACAAGACGUACACCAAGGCGGAGGCCACUGCGGACUCCAAUCUGGGGCGCAACCUGAUGCGUAAGAUGCAGCAAGAUCGUAUUCAAACUGCAAUGCAGGCGGAGACCAGGCGUCCGCCCUCAAGCUCCGAGAUCCUGAGUCUCUCGGCCAUUGACAAAGCUCUACGGGAUCUCGAUGUCAAUUCAGACACAUCCACUGUGGAUGUGGUGAACCGGCUGUGGGAGCACGGUCGUGGUAAUCCUUACGAGGAGGAAGGCGAAGAUGAGAACAAGGAGAACCAGGAGAACCGCACCUUGUGCGGCUCCAGCACUAAACACACUGACACCAUGAGCUUCACAGAUUCCGUGCUGAACUCGACGGACUUCCGCCACCUGCAGCAGAGCAUCUCCCGCAAGCCGCUCAGCCCGCUGGCGGACCAGCCGCAAAUCACCAUCAGUCGUGCCGAUACCGAUCCCGUGGAAGCCGAGGCGGACAUCGAUGAGUGGCCCUCGACUCCGAUUAAGAAUCCAAAUCGGCGAGUAAAACGCACCAAAAUCUCGCCCAGAACUGCUAGUCCGGCGAGCAGCGAUGGAGUUCGUCCGUUGACCGGCACCGAAGACGAAACCGAGGACGAUGACAAAACGCCAGUGAACCCGAAGAGGGUCUCGAUCGUGGCAGCGGGUCUGCUACCCCGCAAACCAAACUCCCUAAGCAGCACCCGCCUGGAUGGAUGCGAUGCAGCGGUGGCCUCUACCACCGAUCGCGAGUUUGGCAUAUCGCCAAAUCUGGCCAAGAACCUCUCACCCAUGUCCUCGCCUCGCAGUUGUCUCUCCUCGCCGCUGCUGGACAGCACCACCUGUUCCGAGCGCCGCCAGUUAACAAGCGGAGCUGCCCGCAAAGCCAACUCCUCGCCGGCGGGGAGCGAGGCCAGUUCCACUGUCAGCGGUUAUACAACCGGCGGAAGGCGAGGACCGGGGGGUUCGGCUACUACUAUUCCACGCAGCCUGUCACGCUCCUCCAACUCCAGCGAGUUCAGCCACCGGGAUGGGAAGCUACUGCCGCUGAAGGUGACGCAUACCAGCCUGUGCUGGGGCAGCACCAAACUGCGUACGGACAUGCGCAAGUCCAUGCAGGUGAAGAAUACGGCGGACAAGCGCCUGGUCAUCCGUCUGGGCAUCCAGGGACCCGGCUUUCAGCUUGUGGGCGGCGACAGCAGCACCAUCACUCUGCAGGCCAUGGAAUGCCGCUCGGUGAUGAUCAAUUUCUGUCCCACUGUUUGCGGAGCAGCCAUUGGAGCAUUGUCCUUUUAUGCUCCGCUUGGAUCGCAAACCAGCAGCAGUCAGCCGGCUUUGGAGAUACCUCUCUACGGCUACGGAGGCAGUGCGUCCAUUGCCAUACAGGGUCUGCUCAAGGGUCCCGUGGGUGCAAGCUUCCUCACAAUUGGCGAUGUCUGCGACCUGUCCGCCGGACCGCUGACCGCCAGCUUGCGGUUCCAAAACAAGGGGCCGCUGACCGCUUUCGUGGGCAUUUCUGUGGACUCCACCGUGCUGAUGAAGCUGCGUCUGAGCGAGGCCUUUGAGGUUCGGCCCAGCCGCAUGAUUCUACCGCCAAACAGCGAGGCCAACAUCCAGAUCGUCUUCCGGCCGAAUCGCGAGGACAUGAAGAACAUACUGAAGAAGACCGCCCAGGUGCUGACGUUGGCCAACAUGCGCAUCUUCUGCGGCGAUGAGCCGAACAGACAGCGCAUGCGCAACUUGGUCCAGCGGAUGAGUGGGCGGCAGCGCGAAAAGCUCACCUCACCGAUGUUGGACAGCAUUUGGAGCAGCUUUCCCGAAGAGCAGGCAGUCCGAAAUAUUGGAAUGCUCAACGAGCCGCCAGAAUUCAUACUCGAUCUGGUUACCGUGGUGAGGAUCAUCGAUGUGGCACUCACCCUGAAUCGAGAUUUCGACGAGUCGGCCGAGAACUCGCUGCUGUUUCUGCCCGAGGCUGAUGAGACUGUUCUAUUCCGGACCAUCUGUGCCGCCAAUUCGCCAACGCCCACGCAGAGCCAUCUCCUGGACCCAGUGGACGAGCUGUUGGAGGCGGACACCACCACCAUUAUGCCCAUGGAUCGCAACUGGUCCGUGCAGCCCGCUUCGUUGGAGUUGGGUAGCGGCGACGUUUCAGUGGCCACUCUGUCGGUGACCAACAGUUUCAGCUCCCGCCAGCUCAUCGAGAUUAACUGCAAUGUCCCGGAUUUGGUGCGGAUCAAUCCCAGCGAAUGCUAUGUAGCACCGGAUGGCGGACAGGCGGAGAUCGAGGUGCGGCUGCUGCGCUCGCCCAGACGCCCAGACGUGCUGGUGAAGGAACCACUUAUCACCGUGUCCAUGGAGAACGAGCGCAUCAAUGUUCCAGUUAGCUUUAAGUUUUGAAUAUUUGUGCCUAUUUGCGCUUAAUGCGUUUGCUCUUUUGUAGUUGUAUUGUUCAAAGAGAAAUGUAAUUGAAGAAUAAGGAAAAGUCUUAAAUAAAUAUUACCCUUGCAUGUUUAUCAUUAA